CCAGAAGCCCAACACUGCACACAAGAACCAUUAUGAGCUCUAGGAACUCCGUUUAUUGUCCAUGUAACGGGUCGGGAGUGCCGGUGAUGAACUCCAGAGGUUCAUAUGAAGGGCGGAUCAAGGAGGAGGAAUCAUUUACAUCACUGGAGAUCUGAACCCCCUGAGGGGCAAACAAAAGAGCCAAUCAGAUUCCCCGCAUCCCGGUCACAUGCUCCGUCUCUUCUGCAGGCUCUCCUCACGACUGCAGCCGCUGAUUCCCCGAGGCUGAUGGAGACAGACGGACGGAGCCGCUGACAGCAGAUCAUCCGCGAUGGAGCGUCAGCAGGGAGCGACCGCAGCGAACGCCUCUCUGUCUCCUCCGACUCUCAGCCCCGCCAUCCCUCCCUACGUGAAGCUGGGCCUGACGCUCGCCUACACCGUCUUCUACUCCGUCCUGUUCGCCUUCAUCUACGCUCAGCUGUGGCUGGUGCUGCGCUACCGGCACAAGCGCUUCAGCUACCAGACGGCGUUCCUGUUCCUGUGUCUGCUGUGGGCGGCUCUGCGCGCGCUGCUCUUCUCCUUCUACUUCAGGGACUGCGUGACGGCCAACGCGCUCGGACCCUUCUGCUUCUGGCUGCUCUACUGCUUCCCCGUCUGCCUGCAGUUCUUCACGCUCAGCCUGAUGAACCUGUACUGCGCUCAGGUUUUCUUCAAGGCGAAGUCGAAGUUCUCUCCUCACCUGCUGAAAUAUAAGUUUCCUCUGUAUCUGCUGUUCGUCGGCGUGAGUCUGCUGUUCCUGCUGGUCAACCUGACGUGUGCGCUGCUGGUGAAGAUGACCGACGCGCAGGUCAAGACCAUCGUCCUGGUGCGCGUCACCAUCAACGACUCGCUCUUCGUCCUCUGCGCCGUCUCGCUAGCCGUCUGCCUCUACAAGGUGGCCAAGAUGUCCCUCGCCAGCAUCUACCUGGAGUCCAAGGGCACGUCGGUGUGUCAGGUGACCCUGAUCGGCCUCACGGUGAUCUUCCUGUACGCGUCGCGGGCCUGUUAUAAUCUGGUGGUUCUGGCUCUCACCGACAUCCAGACCAUAAACUCCUUCGACUACGACUGGUACAACGUGUCGGAUCAGGUGGGUGGCGCUCGUCUGUCCCGAUCACGUGUUCACGCAGACGUCGAGCCGCUCUUGUCUGUGCUUCCGCAGGCGGACCUGCGCUCCAGUCUGGGCGACGCCGGGUACGUGGUGUUCGGAGUGAUUCUGUUCGUCUGGGAGCUGCUGCCCACGUCUCUGGUGGUGUUCUUCUUCCGGGUGCGCAGACCGGCGCAGGAGCGGAGCGGCUCUGCCAUUCCCAGCCACGUCUUCUCCAACAGGCCGUACUUCUUCGACAAUCCCAGACGCUACGACAGCGACGAUGAUUUAGCCUGGCCGUCCCACCCGGUGACCAGCUCAACCAGUUUAUCGACGGACUGGAGCAGCAGCAGCUUCCUGGUCCAUCUGGGAGGAGACGAUCAGCGGUCGCCCUUGGCAACAGCAGCACUAAACCGUUAACGUUUCCACUGAUGCUGCAGCUCUGUAAAUCUGAAACGCACCGCACUUUAACCCGCCAACACACACACACACACACACACGCACGAGCCGCCGGAAGCUCAAUACGUAAUAGAGACGAUGCAUUGUAAGUGUGAGUCACCAUGGCAACCAACUCCAGAGCAAUGUGCAUCGUCAUGGCAACCACGGUCAGAGUAACGAAGGCUCUAAACGAGGCUGUGUUCAGAAUGCAGUACGGCACACCGCGCACUCGUUCUCAGUAUGUGGAGAGCAAAGUUAACACAGGCUCGGUUUACUCCUGCUAUUAACCUCACCGAUCGAAGCAGAUAAGGGAGACGCAUUCCCGUUUACACCUGGAGUUUUAGUCCGUCUCUUUUGUCCUCUUUCAACCACUUCUUCGAGGGGAGGGUCUAUUUGCGGGUAAAUGUAUGGGUUUUUUCAGAUCUUUCGAUCUAAUGGAUGAAAUAAGAUCACCCAGUUUACAUAUGACAGAAAACAUAUGGAGAACCUCAGCUUUCAUUUCUGCUCUGACAGCCUCCAGACCGGCCGAAUGCAGAAAUCAGGAACAGUGAGAGAACAUGGUGCUGGGUACAUUUAUCAUCUUCAAACCAAACUUGGGUCUUCAGUCGACAAACAUUAAAUCCCGUCUGGCUAGAGCGCUUCCUAUAAUGUUUACACAUUAGGUCAGUAGGCGGAGAGUAGACGGUCUUUAGCGGCUGUUCGAAACACAUUCGAUCACAUGACAUUUAACACUUUGAAAGCAAUCCGGGCGAAUGUGUUUUGAACUACCUCUGGAAGUGUUCGAAACUGGACAAACUCAAAACGUUUCGACUAAACACUUUUUAAAGGAUUAGUUCACUUCAGAAUUACAAUUUCCUGAUAAUUUACUCUCCUCCAUGUCAUCCAAGAUGUUCAUGUCUUUCUUUCUUCAGUGGAAAAGAAAUGAAGGUUUUUGAGGAAAACAU